AUGAAUUGAUUUUUUAAGCAGUCAAGCAGGUUGAAUAUUCAUAUCAGGAAAAUAAUUUCAGCGAAACGAAAGAUUCUGACUAUUUUUAUCUAACCUCAUCACGUAGUAUGAAUCCAUCUCGAGGUUGUUUCCCCAAGGAUUUGUAGUAACUGAGGGUUUUGCUCGUCAUCGUGUGAAAUUAGGCGUAUCAGGCAUAGUCCAUGCCUACAAGUGGAGCGCACGCGCAUUAGUAUACGUAUUGUAUGCGUGUGCGUGUGCGUGUGCAUAUGUGUUUCGGAGUCAACGCGUCUCGCUGCCUGGGAGACGUUCUCCGCUGCGAGCCCCAUGUCUGUUUGCGUUUGGAAGCUCGCUCCCGCCGGUUUCACGGCUUCUCGCAAGAAGUGAAUCGCGCUUAUUGUCUCACUUGGACGCGCUUCAUAUGGCAGUAGGUGGCGGAUGUGGCGGGGAAUGGUAGAGAACUCUUUCUGCACGAGGUUGGCACACGAGGCUGAGUCGAAACAGAGGCGCGUUGUAGUCGUGCGAGGGGAUUUGCUUUGCUCUGCGAGUCUCUACCUGCGAGGAUCUCCAUACUUCGGAUUUGUAUCUUGUGGAGGGCUUGAUGGCGGGUGAAAUGCGGGUUUGUGGAUUCGUAAGGUUGGUAAUACUCGGAUGAUACGCACCUUUUCGCUAUUCCUCUCUGUCCAUUUUUUGUCGGUAGAGGAUAGCUCAGUCGUCUGUCGAGAUUAUUAUUCGAUUAGUGGUUGUAUUUGUGGCUGCGGUUGUUCGUUGGAGUGUAUUGCCUUAAGGAGGCUUUCCUUGACCGAAGGUGAGGAAGACCAGGUUGUGAAUUGGUAGAAUUUGUUGGAAAGGCGUUUUUGGUGGAAUCUUUUACUUGGUUCCUCGAGUUGGAUCUUUGAAAAGAUCGCGCUGGAAAGGGGUGUUGAAGAGAUGAAUUUUUCUGCGGUGCUGUGUACAGCGCCAGUUCUGAUGAGGGUUGUUGUGAGUGUUUACAUGAGCUAAUUCCCUCGAUCUUAUAUGAAGGGAUUCGUUGACUGUGAAUUCUACUUAAUCUAGGAGUUACCGUGUGAACAUACAUGAUCCCAGCCGAAAGCAAGACACUUGAACGAUCCUCUGAUUUUUGUCAUGGAAUUUGUACACUCAUACACGUCGCUUUGGUCUGUCCUCUUUAGUCAGUAGACCAUUCUAGCUGUAAGCACCUGCUUUCGUUCUCUGUAUGAGAACAGAAAACGCUAUAGUCCUUGUAGUCCGUUCGUCUACAGAAUUGUAAGACAUUCCAAUGUGUACAAAUUUCUAGUUCCUAGGUUCGAGCCCGAUGGCUCUUUCGUUGAUGUAGAUAUGUUGCUGGAUUAGGUCAAUCGGCCCUUUCCGUCUUCGCGAGUGAAUUCGGCCAAUUGCCAUGGCCAACGCCUCCUCGCGCGUUGACUACUACAGAGAGAUCUUGAAAUGCAUAGCAGAAGUGCAAGCUUCUCUGGAAACUCGAAGAGUGAAACUGAACAGGUUUCAAUUGGAGCACCUGAAACUAAAGCUCGAAGAGACACAGCAUUAUCUGCUGACUAAGGAGGACAGACUCGUUGAUAUUUACGAUGGAGACGACAGCCGACGCAAAGCUCUGCUAUACCUGCAUUUCGCGGCGGUGCGAGCCGCAAGGCUUGUGCAAGGUUGCUGCUGCGAGAGCGAGCCAUGGCUGCAAUCUGCGGUCACUCUAGCAUAUGUCACGGAGGAUAUUAUAGAUAUUGUACAGGACCUGCGAUGGUGGAGAUCAAUGGUCCACAUCGCAAUCGCCUCAGUCACGUGGAUGCCAAAUGGGGAUUCCAUAGAAGCGGAACUGAUGAAAUGUGCAGAAGAAGACUUUCAAAAGCUAUUGGAGAGCUUUCACAAUGAACUGGAAAACGCGGCCAGCAAGGAUAGGAGUGAGCUAAUUAAAGAACUGCAAAAGGUUGAGACCUCGUAUGCUGGCAAAACUUCAACUCCGGAGCAGGAGCAGCAAUAUCUGCUUGCGGUUCAUGUGAUGUCUCGACUGAAAAACAUCGUGGUAGAGAAUGUCGUAGGUUUGAACACCUACGCAGAUGGUCAACAUCUUGGACAUGGUUCCUUCGGGGCUGUUAUGAAUGUCAAAUGGCUAGGGCGAAGGUGUGCUCUGAAGGUGAUGACAAGUGUGGUCAGGAAGGAAGCCACUUGUCUAAGUCAAUUUCAGCACCCUUACAUAGUUCAAUUCUACCACUAUUGGGAAGCUUCAAAAAGCAUAGUAAAUUUCCAGGACAACCCCUCAACAGGCCCGGCGAAGAAGUCACACAUUUUGAUGGAGCUAAUGGAUGAUGACCUCUAUACUUACACGCAUCCAUCGUUGGAGACAGCAGAACCUGUCGGCAUUAAUCGGCGGGCUGAAUCCCCACCAGCGAUGCCAAUUGCCGAAAAUGUUGGUAUUGACUUGAUGAUUCAAGUGACCAAAGCGAUGUGUCACAUGAACGGUAAGGGGGUCGUUCAUCGUGAUUUGAAGCCACAAAACGUGUUGAUCAAGUAUGUCCGCGGAGAGGAGGCACCUGAGCUGAGCGCUCGAGGACACUUGCGCGCGAAGCUAGCGGACUUCGGACUUGCGAAAACCACGGCCAUGAGCUCGGCUCUUCCAACCUUAACAGCUUAUGUGGGUACCAAAAUUUACGCUGCGCCGGAGAUCUUCCUUAAGGAUGCAAUUAGCGAUAGAAGGUUCCCCAGGAGAGCUGAUGUUUGGAGCUUUGGUAUCAUGUUGAACGAGAUUCUCAGUGGGAAAGCGCCCUUUCCUCAGCUUGAGAAAGGACUACAAAUGAAAGAAUUGCCUGCGAGGAUAAAAAGCGGUUUACGACCUGCGCUUCCGGACAAUUGUCCAACCUACUUGAAGACCAUCAUUGAAAGCUGCUGGCAACUUCGUCCUCAGAGGCGGCCAAGCUUCCAGGAUUUAUGGAGGAUGUUAAGAGUUGCUCAAGUCAGGAACUUAGGUAUCAUCAAGAGGGACCAUAACCUUUUUACUUACACGCCGAGGAAUCCUCCGCUGGGACCACACCCACUCUCUCCAAGAUGUUUUCUACCAACUGUUUCUAAUUCAAGGAAGAAUCUGGAUUUAGUUCUGUGGCUCAAUCGAUGGUUCGAUUAUAUAGGGGGUAAUAUUUUUGAGCCGACUACUCGAAUCCCGACUUUCAUUAUCGGACGGAUUUUUUCCAGGGGAAAUGAAGCGUCGUCAUUCUAUUCUCAGUCGAAGUGCAAACCUCUGGGCUACUUUGUGAAUCAAGUUUGGCCAGACUCGAAUCUUUCGUCAGACUCGAAUCUUUCGUCACCCUCGAGUCUUUCGUCACACUCGAAUCUUUCGUCAGAGUCGAAGCUGGAUGUAAUUUUUUUCGAAGGAAAUACAGGGCCAAUAGAUCUGUCCUGUGAGUACACGUGGGUGAAGCGGGAUAAGCCCAACGUUUGGUGGCCCCAACACUGGUUGCCAACCGAUUUAGGAGGUGACAUUCGAGUGUUGCUGCUUAAGUACAGCAUCUCGAAGUCCGGAAUAGAAGAUAUUCUGCAGCAGUUGCUAACGGUAUUUGUAUACAGUGAGGUUUGGAACCGAGGGCAUACGUGGAGACAUCCAAUUGUACUGGUCGGGCACAGCUUGGGGUGUGUAAUAAUUGAGCACCUGAUUGUGGCCCUUGACAAGAAGGUGAGAUCAGCCAAAUCCUCGGACGAUAGUAUUGAAGUUGUCCGGACAAACGUGGCGAAGGCAUUUCUGGCGAGUCUGGCAGGGUGUUUCUUCUAUGCUCCUCCAUGGAGAGGGUUGGUGCCGAGCGAGGAUCUUCUGAAUCAUGUAUUUGGACCCCUAGCUUACUCAAACAAACUAUUCGCACCUCUGUUUCUGGACUCCCCAGAGCUGGCAUUACUCUCAGAGAACUUCAUGACAGCAAUGAAUGAAAGUUAUCAGCAUGUGAAGCUGAUGGCGUUACUAGAGGGCUCACAAACACAAGGGAGAAUCGUUGUGCCACCAUCCUCAGUGGCUGACUUGAAACAGGCAGGUACGGUGAAGGUUCUGGAGGACUCCUGUCACAGAGAUGUUUGCAAACCCACAAACCAGCAGCAUGAAUCGUACACAAGUUUUUUGAGAUUCGUCCAAGAUAUUAUGGAGAAGCCCAAGCUUCAAUCCGGGUGCAGGUCUCAGAGAUCCAGCCAAAUGGCGAGCAGCCGGUUGACAUGCAGUCUUUGAAAGCGAGGAGUAUGAAUGGAUAUUGAUAUUGAUAUCGAACCCGUGCUGGGUUCGUCGGUUUCCGUGUUGGAGCACAUCCUUCAUACCAACCCAGGAUGCUGUCAUCAGGGUUAUUUUGUGCAUUGUUUGAGGUGGCAAUUAUCAUUCAGAGUAUAUUUUCACGCAAGAGUGGGAUGUCACAGAAUUUUGAUUUGGUUCGGAAUCCGGUCCUGACUUGACUUGGUCGGUGCUAGUCAGACGCAUUCGCAGGAUUGUUAUGGAGACGAUCAUUUCAAGAAUGACUUCAUAGAUUUGGUCUGACCAACAAGUAUCCGUUUUGUAGAUAAUUAUGUAAUUUUUUGCCAAAGCAAAACAGAAAUUGUGAAGACGAGACCCA